GGCGUCAAAUUUUUACAUAAAUAUCCAUCGGCGCUAUCCGACAAGAAUUAUAGCAGCAAGGUAUAAAUUUCGGAAACUACCAGAACUCAGAGAAAAAUAGUUGCAGCAGGGCUUCUAUUUUUCUCUCUUGAAAAAGUGUGUAGGAAAUAACAGAGAUUUGGAGCUCUAAAUGGCUCCAGAUACAAGUUCUGGCGCUGAAUCGCCGCGGCCACGUUCUGGUCUGUUGCGGGAUCAGGUUCAGCUUGUGAAAAGAAAGGACUGUGAUCGAUACGAGAUUGUCCAAAUUCCAGAUGUCCUGUCAUUUGAGAAAGGUUUCUUUAUAGUAAUUCGGGCGUGUCAGCAGUUGGCUCAAAAGAAUGAGGGGAUAAUACUAGUUGGAGUGGCAGGCCCUUCUGGAGCUGGUAAAACUGUUUUCACUGAGAAAGUGCUCAACUUCAUGCCCAGCAUUGCUGUUAUUACAAUGGACAACUACAAUGACGCUAGUCGAAUCAUCGAUGGAAACUAUGAUGAUCCACGCCUGACAGAUUACGAUACAUUGCUUGAAAACAUACAUGACUUAAAGGCAGGCAAUCCUGUUCAGGUUCCAAUAUAUGAUUUCAAGACGAGCUCCUGCAUAGGGUACAGAACAGUAGAGGCCCCUAGCUCCCGUAUUGUGAUCAUUGAGGGCAUAUAUGCUUUAAGUGAGAAAUUGCGACCUUUGCUAGAUCUUCGUGUAUCUAUUACUGGUGGAGUUCACUUUGACCUUGUAAAGCGGGUUUUAAGGGACAUUCAACGUGCUGGCCAACAGCCUGAAGAAAUUAUCCAUCAAAUUUCUGAAACGGUGUAUCCUAUGUACAAGGCCUUUAUUGAGCCAGAUCUUCAGACAGCACAUAUAAAAAUCACCAACAAGUUUAAUCCCUUCGCUGGUUUUCAGAACCCUAGUUAUAUUUUAAAGUCAACAAAGGAAGUGACAGUGGAUCAAAUCAAGGCCGUUAUAUCGGAAGAUCACAAAGAAAGAACAGAAGAAACUUAUGACAUAUAUCUUUUACCACCAGGUGAAGAUCCUGAAGCGUGUCAGUCGUAUCUAAGGAUGAGGAACAGAGAUGGCAAAUACAAUCUCAUGUUUGAGGAGUGGGUUACAGAUAGUCCCUUCAUAAUAUCGCCCAGAAUAACUUUUGAAGUUAGCGUACGCCUGCUUGGAGGUCUCAUGGCCUUGGGGUAUACAAUUGCAUCCAUCUUGAAACGAAGCAGCCAUAUCUUCUGUGACGACAAGGUUUGCGUGAAAACUGAUUGGUUGGAGCAACUUAAUCGUCAAUAUGUUCAGGUGCAAGGAAAGGAUCGGUCAUAUGUUAAAGAUAUUGCACAAAAGCUCGGCCUGGAUGGUUCAUAUGUUCCUCGUACUUACAUCGAACAAAUUCAGCUGGAGAAACUUGUAAAUGAUGUUAUGGCCUUGCCAGAUGAUUUGAAGUCAAAGCUCAGCAUAGAUGAUGAUUUUGUUUCGAGCCCUAAGGAAGCACUUUCCCGAGCUUCUGCAGAUAGGAGAAACAAGUAUCUCAACCGCGGUAUAUCACAGUCUUACUCAAAUCAAAGGGACAAGACUUUGUCCAAGCUAACAAAACUUGCUGUUAACAGUAGAAGGUUUGAUGGAAGAAACCCGGAAUCACCUGCAGCAAUUUCGAACCAGGGAGUUAUUACUCAACUUUCAGAACAAAUUUCUACGCUGAAUGAGAGGAUGGAUGAGUUUACAUCCCGCGUUGAAGAGGUGAACUCCAAGAUACCACUCAGAAGAGUUUCAGCAAGCCAGCAAAAUUUGGCUCUACCGGCCGAAGCCUGCAAUGGAUCCGGACCAACUUCUCUUUUUGUUACUAGCUUGAGUAAUGGCUCGUUGGGAGGAGCGCUACUGCCCAAUUCUUCGUCGUCCUCACAGUUGGUCAAGGAUUCACCACUGAUGGAAGAGAUACUAGCCAUAACACGAGGUCAACGGCAGAUCAUGCACCAAAUAGACAAUUUGAACAAUCUUCUGCGGGAGUAUACGGCAGAGAGGUUUCGCCAAGGAAGAACAGAUACUACUGGAAGAAUGCCUGAUAUCGAAUCAGUUGUCCCACUUGUUCUUGCUUUGGCAAUUGGCGGUUUAGGUGUCUUCUUCUUCAGGAGUCUGACUUCCCCAAAAUAAUUAUGUCAAGCAGCUAACUUUCGGCGUAGAAUCUGCUAUAAACAUGUUUGUAUAAACCCAUGCUGUAUUCCAAAUAAGGGUAGCUUGCCUGUGUGAUGGAAGGAGGCAAAUAUAGUUUCUAGGUUUAUGCUGGCGUGGCGUGGUCGGCCAAUGUUGAAAAUAGUUGGUAUACUGUAUACAGGAAGAGGGAUUCAAACUUGAUUGCAACGGGCGGGGGACAACGGUCUGGCCAACGAUUGCAUACCAUAGUUGUACAAUAACUUUUGAUGGGUUUACAAAUACAAGUAAAAGUGUUCCAGCCGUUUAUA